CAAAAUAUAUCUUAAAACAUGUUAAACAUUGUAUAUCCUCUGUUCAUAUAUUAAUCGUAUAGAUAGACUAAAUUUCAGGAAGUAUUGAAAUUUUUAAUAUUGUUAAUCUUUUGAAAAUGAGCGGACAUUAUGAAAAACUAUUUAUUUGUGCACUCUGCAAAGAGGAAUUUAAAGGCGAUCCUAAGCGGCUACCGUGUCAGCACAGUGUUUGUGAAAGUCCAUGUCUGAAGAAACUUUUAGGAUCACAGCCAUCUAAGUGUCCAAGAUGCAGCCAGGAACUUAACGUAUCUUCCAAUACAAAUGACUUUCCAACCGACAUGGUUUUGAAGCCGCUUGUAUCUUACUAUGAAGGAUAUGACACAUUACCCCAAAAACCGGCAACAGAAUUAUAUAGCGAUGAUUACAAUUAUUACAAAGAAACAAAGGCUACUAGCAGAAACUCUACGAAGAGUAGUGUAGAAAAUGUAGAUAUUGAUAUAGUACGAAGGAUUAUUGUUGAGUCUAUUUCCCUUAUUCAUGAUAGCAUCAAACGCAUCGAAGAAAUUCAAAAAAAUACUAGCUUGAUUUUAGAAUACAACCAAUCUGUUGCUAAAAACGGGGAUUUAAAAAGGCUUUACCAAACUUUUGAGCAGAAGCAUAUUGAUAUCAAGAAUUAUCUGCAAUCAGUAGAGAACGAUUUAGCAAAUUGCAUAGACAAUAACAUUCUUUUGACACACUUGUGGCAAUGUGAAGAACAUCUAUCGACACUUCUACAUAUUGAAUUCAGUGACCUGAUCGAUGAUGUAAAGCAGGAAUUUAAAAAACAUAGUCCAGGGGAUAGAUUGCAUGUCAGCGUGUUAUUAGAUUGCAAUACUUUACCUACACAAUUAAACAACGACUCCACUGGUAGAUAUUCACGAUCUCCGUCUCAGCAAGGGGAAGUCCCUGGUUGUACAGCGCCUCACCAAGUGUAUGAUGAGAUUAGCAUAGUGCAACCAUCACAGAUCCAAGAUUUCCCCCGCUCUCAGUCACCUAUUCCUUCCAAUGACCGCAGAAUAUUUUGUAAGUAUAGAUAUGCGCAAAUGUUUGCACAUAAGCUAUUUGAUUUUCUUCGUUAUUGCUACUAAACACAAACAUAUACGGAAAAAUGUAUUAUAAAGACAAUUCUACACGGUUUGGUCGUUAAAUACAUUUAACAUACACAAUUUGUAGGCUACAAAAAUGUAUUGAUAAAAGACCCAGUCUAAUCUAAAUUUAUAAAUGAAUAUACAAUGUAUAUAUAUUUGAAAAUAUGUAAAUAGAUAAGUAAUAAUUUUUAUUUCACGCGUUUCGUAGUAUAGCGUGAACUAUUUGUCUGAACGCGUAACGUAUUACAAAGGGUGAUAAAUUUUAUAUUGGUCAGUGUGUAUUUUGCACGGGUUUUUCAGUGAAGCAUACAUGAGCUUGUGUGUAUAUAUAAUAGUUGUGUAAUUAGAUACUGGUCAUUCGACCAGACAACUCCGAACAAGUUAGAUCUUAUCUUCACACGUGGCAAUCAAAAAAAAAUAAUUGUGGAAGAAAAUGGAAUACUUUCUAGAAUAGAAGCGUUAAUAAACAGCAAGUUUGAGACUUUUGAGCAGCGUAUGAGCGACACACAGAAGGAAUUACCUCAGUCGCAGUUAUCAGUUAUUCCAGAAAAUCUUAUGCAUGACAAUUACACGUUCGAGAAAAAAGGACAUGACCAACAGUACAGAGUUAACAGUCAAGUUAUUGACAAGCUGCGCCAUGCCGAGGCUUAUGUACAAGAGGCUAAUAGAAGUGCACAAUGCGAGGCUGCAGAUAACGCUAUAAGCAAGAUUUCCGAAGGUAUUAAUAUUCUUCAGCAUCGUCAAAAAUGUAUAAAGCUGGCAGACUCGUCUGAACACGGUUGGAAAGUUGUUAAUGAGUAUGAAGCUCAUCCGUUCGCAGACAAUUCUGACGAUGAGAAAAAGAUUUAUAAAGCCCAGAUGCAAGCAGAACGUAAAGUUCAACGGGAGCAACGCACGAGAAGCAGACUGUAUGCUCCGUAUUCAUUAUCCGAUAACCCCUUCACCGGUACUACACCACCAACAGGGACGAGAUAACAGGCACAGAUGAUCAACAGGAAACCUGGCUGUUGAUUCCGGUGCUGUAAACCAGGCCAUUGGCGUGUCGAUUGUCGUGUGGCACAGACUGAGUCUCAAGUGGACAAAAAUAUACAGAUAAGUCAUUUUGAUAGUGUAUUUUCUUGUAGUAAUUUGAACUCCGGGGUGAGUAAAAAUGAAAUUUUGUUAGAUACAAAAUUGUCAAACAAAACUGAAAUGUUGAGUAAAUCAGUUUCGAUAACGAGCGAUAAUGGAGAUGUAUUAGUAUCUCCGGUAGGUAGACUGAGGUCGUCUUAUAAGCAUUGGCAAGCAACAAGCGCUGGUGAAUAUAUAUCAGAUAUAGUUCGUAAUGGUCAUAAAUUGCCUUUUAAAAAGAGUCCUAGUGCUGUAGAAUUAAACAAUAAUAAAUCUGCUCGAGAUAAUACAGCGUUUGUUUCAAAGGAAAUUCAAAAUUUAUUGCUAAAAGGUUGACGUAUCAGAGAGGUACGUGUGCCUCCGAUAGUAGUAAAUCGCCUCACUAGCUUGCAAUCGUCAGGGCAAGAAAAGACUUGUUUUGGACUGCAGACAUUUAAAUUUAGAUUUGUUUAAGUAUAAAUUCUGUCAUGAAAAUCAUUCAAUUGCGAAAGACAUUUUUUCUAAGGGAGACUUUUUAUUUAGUUUCGAUAUUAAAGGGGUUUAUCACCAUAUAAUGAUUUUCCCCGAGCACAUGACGUAUCUCGGCUUUGCUUGGUCAAAAAAACGGUUUAAUACGUUAUAACGUUUAUCAAGUUCUACCUUUCGGUGUUUCUACCGCUGGUUUUAAUUUGACAAACGUUUUAAAAACGUGUGUUACAAAAUGGAGAGAAAUGGGGUUCAAAAUAGUUUUGUUUUUAGAUGAUGGAAUGGGCGGAGAAAGCUCUUACGAAUCCGCUUAGAGUACCGCAUCUUUCAAAAGUCAAGACCUGCUUGAUUUUGGGUUUUUACUAGCAGACGAUAAGUGUCAUUGGCUGCCUUGUUUGCAAGCAGUUUGGUUAGGUUAUGAAUGGUAUAUGUCUGAGGGUAUUUUAAAAGUUACUCAAGUCAAAAUCUGUAGAACAGAAAAUUUGCUUGACGAACUCAUAUUGAAAGUUUGUAAAGAGACACUUGUACCUGUGAGAAAAAUAGCCUGUUUAGUAGGCCAACUCAUUUCAAUGCAGACUGUUAUAGGCAAUACAGUUAAGUUACGGUCAAGGUCAUUGUAUGGCUGUGUAGCUUCCAUGGCAAGCUGGAACGCUCCCGUACAAAUCACUUCUGAGGCGUUGCGAGAAAUGACAUUUUGGCGAGAAAAUUUGAGACAUUUGAAUACAAUUGAUUUAUUCUAAAAGAAAAAAAAAUUGAUAAUCAGACUUACGUCACUGUUGACGCCAGUGUAGCUGGGUGUUUAGAGUAUGCCAACGUCUUUGUGGUCAGUGUGUAUUUUGCACGGGUUUUUCAGUGAAGCAUACAUGUACUUGUGUGUAUAUAUAAUAGUUGUGUAAUUAGAUACUGGUCAUUCUACCAGACAACUCCGAACAUGUUAAAUCUCAACUUCAUAGUAUCUGUUAAUUUUGUUUCUUUUAAAAGAAAAACAAUAAGAGAGCAACUAGUAUUAAAUUUAAAAAAAGUAGGUAUGUCUACAAAUUUUGAAAGUUUUUAGACUUGCAAAUUUUGUUUAAGGAAGUUUGUUUUUAUGAUGUAUUUAACGUUUGCAUAUUUCUUAGAUACAAAGUCAUUAUUUUUGCAGAAGUGUUUUUCAGAAUUUUAUUCAUAAAAUAUUUUGUGAAUAACUUCAUGUCUUUAAAUAAUCAUGAUUUAAUCAAUUUCAUAUUUGGCAUUAUUUGAUAAUAGCAUACGUUUGUUUACGCAAUAAGAAUGCGGUCUAACAUUCAGUGAUCUGUCAUUGACAAACUGACACAGGUUUCUCAGAGAGAAAUUUCAUCAAAAAAAAAAUAUAAUAUGUUUUGAUCUCUGAGUUUUUUCCUGGGCGAGACAGUUCGCGUCUGCGUGCCUUUGAUUUUUUCAAACCGAUUUUUUAUUUAUUUUUCUUUUAUUAUUGUUAUUAAAGUGGAUUAUAGAGGCAAGAGACGUAUGCUAUUAUAAUUUGUGUGGCCAACUUACUAUAUAAAACUUGAAUGAUCUAUGAAACAAAAACAUAAUUAUUCUGAUAUUCUUAAUUCCUGUUUUAUACGACUGCUAUUUCGCCUGAAUAAACACACACGUCUGGUCAUGCAAUCUAAGUUUGUUGUAUUUUUAUUAAGUGUAGCAUAGACUUGAUGAUUAUGUGUUUUUUCCUUUUUUAUGUCCAUGUAUAAAUCUAACAAUAAAUUUGGAAAACAUAAUAUUCAAAUUUGUAGCAUGUUCAUCCAAGUGUAAAGGAUGAAUAUAAAAACCCGACUGACUUGACUUGUGUUCAAUUUUAUAUUUUACAAUGAUGUAAUCCAUUUGACCCGCAGAAAUUUCUGUAAAUAUUGUUCAAAAUGUAUCGGUAACGCUCAAUUCUUAAAAAGAGCUGGACAGUCUUUUUAUAAUUGAGGUAGUUUUU